AUGACGAGAAUAACACAAGGACCGGUUAACUCAAGCGUGGUGGUGCAGGACUACGAGGUGCAGGUGUACCGCGCGCAUGCGCUGCUCGGCAACACGGCGGUGCUGCGCUGCGUCAUCCCGCCCUUCCUCAGGGACCAUGUCUCCGUCUCCUCCUGGUUCCGGGACGACACCAUCAUCCUGCCGGGAUCUCACGAAGCGGGUGGCGGCCGCUUCGUGGUGACGAGCACCGGUGACCUGCUGGUGAGGCGGGCCACUGCGGCGGACGCCUCCUCCCGCUACAGCUGCCUCACGCUGCACGCACUCACCGGGGAGCGCCGCAGGAGCACCCCGGCCCAGCUGCUCACCGUCACAGAGGCGACAGGCGGGAUGCCGCCACGGCUGACGCAGCGCUCGAUGACGUCACUGACAGUGGAGCAGGGACAACACGUGACGCUGGGUUGUGCCGCGCAGGGGCACCCACCGCCCACCUUCUCGUGGUGGUACGAGUCCGGGACGCCGGUGGCUUCUUCUGGGCGCGUGUGGGCCUCGCAGGAGGCGCUGCACAUCCUGGGGGCGCGGCCGGAGGACGCCGGCAGGUGGGAGUGUCGCGUGCACAACGCCUUCGGGGAGCAGCGGGUGCACGCCUCGCUGCAGGUCACCGCGCCGCUCGCCGUACACGUCACGCCACACCUGCUGGUGGUGAACUCCGGAGAGUCGGCGACGUUCAACUGCUCGGUGUCCGGCUCGCCCGUGGGCAGCGUGGAGUGGCUGCACAACGCGGAGCCGCUGGCCACCGGCCGCGCGCGCCUUUUGUCGCCGCUGGUUCUGCACGUGGCCGCUGCGACGCGCGCGCAUCGCGGCGUCUACCAGUGCUUGGCCCACGGCGAGGCUGACAGCGCGCAGGCGUCGGUGGAGCUCCGGCUCGGAGACACGGUGCCGGAGCUGCAGUCGACGUUCAUCGAGCAGGCGCUGAGCCCGGGACCCCCCGUGUCGCUGCGCUGCUCGUCCGCCGGCAGCCCGCCCCCGCAGUUCACCUGGAGGCUGGACGGGCAGGCGCUCACCGCCGCCAGGCUGGGCCACAGGUACACAAUUGGUCAGUACGUGGACCAAGCUGGCGACGUCAUCAGUCACGUGAACAUCUCCUCCGUUCGUGUGCAAGAUGGCGGCCUGUAUAGCUGCAGUGCUGCCAAUGCAAUGGGCUCCGUCCAUUACGAAGCCAGGCUCAACAUCUACGGACCACCGUACGUGCGCCCGCUGCCGGGCCCGGUGCGCGCCGUGGAGUCUGGGCAGGUGACGCUGCGCUGCCCGUACGCCGGAUACCCAAUCAGCGGCGUCUCCUGGGAGCGCCGGGGAGUCCCCCUGACAAGUGACUUGCGGCGCGAGCUGCGCGACGGUGGCGCCGCCCUCCACAUCCUGCGCGUCGACCCGGCCGCCGACGCGGGCGUCUACGUCUGCACAGUGAGGGGCUCCCAGGGGGACGUCGCCAGGGGAGAGGUGGCGCUGGCUGUCGACAGUCCGCCGGUCGUGGUGCCCUUCUUCAUCCCAACAAACCUGCGGGAAGGAGCCAGAGCGCAGGUCAGCUGCGGCGUGUCCUCUGGAGACCUGCCUAUUCGUUUCGCCUGGCUCAAAGAUGGCGCGCCAGUGCCCAAAUCUCUGCAGGUUACUGAGAAACAAGUGAGUGAGUUCCUCAGCGUGUUGCUGUUCAACAAAGUCUCCUCACACCACAGUGGGACGUACACUUGCGUCGCGUCCAAUAAUGCAGCGAGCGCCAACCACUCUGCGCAACUGCAGGUCAAUGUAUCUCCUCAGUGGCUGGUGGAGCCCCACGACUCGUCUGCCCUCUCUGGGAGUCCACUGUCCGUCCACUGCCAAGCUCAGGGCUUCCCCCAGCCAGUCACCUCCUGGUUGCGCGGACAAGGAGGAAAACCGAACGACUUCCAGCCCUUGGAGCCUUCAGAACCUCACAUGCUGGUGAUGGCGAACGGGACUCUAGCGAUUCCGUCUGCUUCUGCAGAGGACGAGGGCUUCUACCUGUGUCGUGCUGAUAACGGCAUUGGUGCCGGGCUCAGCAAGGUGGUCGAGAUAGCUGUCAAUGAACCGGUGAGGUUUGACGUGAUGGAGAAGAAUGUGACAGCCCGCCGCGGUCAGCAGGUGACACUGAAAUGUGACGUCAGAGGAGACCACCCCAUACAAGUCAACUGGUUGUUCAGGGGGCAACGUCUGCACCACAGUUACAGACUCAGCAUGUCAGAAAUGAAGACGGCUACGGGACUGCAGGCUCAGCUGGUGAUCGACCAGGCAGACAGGCAGGACUCCGGCCUCUACGUGUGUGAAGCGGGGAACGUCUUUGGCCACAGCGAGCUGCUGGUCCGUUUGGCUGUCCAAGAACCUCCUGAUCCACCAUUGGACGUUGAAGUGGUUGAAGUGAACAGUAGGUCAGUUCGCCUGUCCUGGCACCCUCCUUUCGAUGGGCACAGCACCUUAAUGGGAUACCUUAUACAGUAUAAGAAAGCUACCAGCCUCAUGGAUGAUUGGCAACAUGCUGGAACCGUUAACAUCUCCAUCCCAUCUUCAGCGGAAGACGGCCUAGCGAUGUGCGGGACCGAGCAACAGCAACACCGUGCUAUGAUAACAGACCUGCAUCCAGCCACUACCUACCACAUCAGGAUCCUUGCAGUUAAUGCUAUUGAGGCCAGCAUCUUCACAGAUCCACUUACUGUAAAGACGCAAGAAGAAGCUCCAACGGGGACCCCCCAGGAUGUGCGCGCGGUAAACAUCGACCCUGAUGAGCUUCUUGUGACAUGGAAGGCACCACUGGCGGAUACCUGGAAUGGAGAGAUACUGGGAUACACAAUAUACUGGAAUCCUCACAGAAUUGUGUUUGAUGAGACUAACAGUACAAAUAAGCAAGAGGUACGAGGAUCGUCUACUACGGAACUCAGAUUAAGACAACUGAAGAAAUUCACAAAAUACGAUGUUUACGCACAGGCUUUCAACAGCAUGGGAAGUGGACCACUAUCGUCAGCAGUCACUAUUACUACGCGAGAAGGAGUUCCAGAAGCUUCCCCGGAGAACAUAACCUGUUCUGCGCUCUCGUCACAAAGCGUCAAGGUCAGCUGGUCACCACCACCUCCCCAAAAUCAUGGCGGCAUCAUACGUGGAUACAAAGUCAUAUACAGGCCUGUUGUUACCGAUCACAAUCGUCGAACGGUAGGAAGUGAAGUGAAGAGGACGCCCAAUUUGGAAACCUACCUGCAUGGCCUUCUCAAGUUCACAAACUACUCCCUGAGGUUGUUGGCUUUCACAAAUGUUGGAGACGGAGUCAUGAGCCACGCUGUCUUCUGCUCAACGGAACAGGAUGUUCCCGGACCACCGGCUGCUGUGAAGGCCCUGACGCUGACUUCAGACUCCAUCCUCGUGUCGUGGCUGCCUCCUGAGCAGCCCAACGGCCUCAUCACGCAGUACACCGUUUACUGCAGCAGGAAGAACCACCCCUCCAAGACGAGUAGUUUCCGAGUCGGUCCCACAUCAAGCUCACUUGAAAUUCGAGGACUAAAGGAACUGGAGCCAUAUGAGUCGUGGGUCACAGCCUCUACUAUUGUAGGAGAAGGAGAGAGAACCAAGUCAAUCACACAGGCACCCAAUUCAAGAGCUCCGGCGCGCAUUGCGUCCUUUUCUCAAGUUCUACGCGAAGCCCUGGACACCGGUGUGACGCUUGAGUGUACGGCAGUGGGAAACCCCACCCCAAACGUGUCGUGGCAACACAGGAAGGAGAACCUCAAAGCCGACCCCAGAUUCAGCAUCUCACAGAGCUCUCUUCUUAUCACCAAGCUGAAGAAAGAGUACGAAGGAAACUACUCAUGUAUUGCAAAAAAUCUGUUUGGAGAAGACAGAAUAAACUACAAGAUCAUUGUAAUUUUGCCUCCUGAAGCUCCUUUACUUGAAGUUCUGGGUUCAGACCAUCACAGUAUUAAACUGCAAUGGACAGCUCGUAUGGAUGGAGGUGCACCCAUUAUAGGUUAUGUAUUAAACUACAAAAGGGACCACGGAAACUUGGAAGAAGUGCAUCUGGAGGCUGAAAAGGCAUUUCACACGCUGGAGAAUCUCAGCUGUGGGUCUACAUAUCACAUAUUUAUUUCUGCACACAACAGAAUUGGAGACAGCCCACGAAGUGCUAUUCUGACGGCUAAGACAAAAGGAACAGAACCGCAGGUACCGAACUCAGACAUACUCGUCUCCGCAAAUGCAACUUCCCUGUGUUUGCAUUUGCACUCUUGGCCAGACGGUGAAUGCUCCAUGUUGUACUUUGUUGUGGAGUAUCGAAUUCUCGGAGACGAAAAUGAGUGGAUACUGAUUGACAACAACGCACCACCAAAGACGCUGCUAAUAGGGGACCUGCAACCGGCCACGUGGUACCAGCUGAGACUCACUGCCCACAACAGCGCCGGUUCCACUAGGGUGCAUUUCAAUAUCGCCACAACAACAGUCGCUGGCGCAACAGUUGGUCCAAUACAAGAAAACCGAAGCCCAACAGAUACAGCUCGGUUCUAUGAGGACAUUCACGUAAUAGUGCCUACGGUUUGCUCUGCAAUAUUCUUGUUAUCAGCUGGCCUGCUAGUGUAUGUGGCCAUACACAGGAGACAGUGUCAGCGAGAUGCGCAGUACAAAAGUAACAGGGGAGUUCCUGAAAGCCCGAGUGCUUGCAAGGCCGCCGCCGAAAUGGACAACAAGAGGAACUUCCAGCAGAUAUACUCAGCAUCCCCCACCAAAAUGGACGACCAUCAGCUUGUUAAGCAGUCAGAUGCUUCUUCCGAUCUGUACGAGAUGAGUCCGUAUGCUACAUUUCCUGUGUCAUCGGAUCCUCCUAGGACAAUAAAUGCACGGACAAUGGACUACGCCAUGCAGUUUAAAACAUUUGGACAUUUGGAAAAUGACUGUGGAGUGCAACACGGAUUUACUCGAACGGUCAACAAAAAAUUUCAGCAUAUACAUCCCGCUGGGAGUGACAUGCAGCAGUCGAUGACGUCGUCCAGCCUGCACAGGCACAGCAACGGCGAACACGGCCUCAAGAGGGCCGACGCCGGCCACAACUCGGAGUCGGACACGAGCGGCAGCCCCUCGGCAGCGAGCAGGUACCGGAUGCCCCUGAAGCAGGCCACGGCGAGGAGCGUAGAAAUUUAUCACCUUGACUCAAGUACUGAGUCGAAUGAGAUGUCUCCCAUCCCUCAAAGGAGACGGACACCGCGGCAUUAUCCUGCCUGCAGUGGUGAUAAAAGAGUGACGUCACACGACAGCUCGGAAACAAGCUCCGCUGAAGGUGAUGCCAGUUUCUCCAGUUAUCAUCUCCAGCCACCUUCUGGAUUCUCAGACAGUCGAGAACUAAGUGAAGCUGAAUGUGACCAUGACACCAUCCAAUUUAACAAGUUAAUCAGUAGGUUUCGUCAACGAAAACUGGAAGAAAGAAGACAAUAUACAAUUCAUGUAUAACUUUACUGUUUGGUGACACAUGCAGAUGGAGUCGUGUGGAUACAGCGCAAUUUCAUCAAGACACACUUUUCUUUCCGUGUGUGCUCUUCUUUGUGACUGUGUUUGACAUUUAUUCUUGAUUAUAAUAUGAAAAGAUUGGUAGCUCACAAGAUUUUCGCCCACUAUCAAAGACGUUUCAGAACUAUGUGGACACGUUUCUUAUUGCUUAAACAUAUUCCAGGAAAUUUAUGAAUACAUUUUUAUUGUUCAAACUUUUGAACUGUUUUCUGUGUAAAGUGUUUGAAUUUUAGAGCGGAGUUAAAAAUUCUUAUAUACUAUUUCCGUAUCCAAAUGCGCUAGCCACGUUAUUUUUGAUACAAUACUGUAAAACAGUUUACGUGCAAGGACAGUAACGACGGAUUCUAAAAUUAUUAGGUGUCAGU